AGUAACUCCAGCAAACUACUUUCAUUGUUUUUAAAUUUGAAUUAUUUCAAAAUUUAAUUAUAUUUUGUAAUUAAUUAUUGGUGUGUUAAGAAUAAUUUAUUACGCUGUACAAUUUUGUGAGUUAAAAUGGCACCUACUGACGCCGAUAUACCACAAGCGGUCGGGAAGCCGAAUCCGCGUAAUAAUCCAAUUAUGUUUAAAAUAUUUCAAAACGUUCAGUAUAAUGUUGUUCAACAUAAGAAGUACGUAAAAGAAAUGAUAAAACUGUACAAAAAGAUUGAACAGGAUUUCUUUAGGGAAAGUUUUAAGAAUGCUCUUCAUUAUUUAUUCACUUUUGGAGAUACAAGUGCUAAUGUUGACCGGGUCGUUCAGUUUGUAGCGACCUUUUGUACUUCUCUAGAUGAUGAAGAAGAGUUUCUUAUGUUUAUAUUUGAAAUUAUUUUUGAUUGUCAAUGUGUAUCAGGCCAGUCUGUAAGAUACAGAGCUAGUCAACUGCUGGCAGCUGUGCUCUCGGCGCUCGGAGAUGAUGCAUCCUUGGAUGAUGAUCUGUGUGACAAACUUUUAGCAUCACAGAUGCAACGCCUGCAAGAUACACGUGGAGCAGUGAGAUGUAGGGCGGCUCUAGCUCUUCAGCGUCUACAAAAUCCAAUGGAACCAGAUGAUGAAGUCACUAGAGCAUAUCGUUUUCAUAUGAGCUGUGAUCCUAGUUCAUCUGUGAGAAGAGCUAUAGUGAUGUCGAUAGCAAAAUGCACUCGUAAUGUUCCAUUUGUUCUGGAACGACUUUGUGAUGUAGAUGAAGCAGUACGCCGCGCCGCUUUCUUGUACAUAUCUGCGAUUAAUGUGACACAGUUGAGAGUCAAACAACGAGUACUCACUUUAAAGGUAGGCCUGAACGAACGCAGUCAGCGCGUGCGUCGGGUGGUUGAAGAGAUAUUGAUACCGGGCUGGCUCAGUACAUUCCACGGCAAUAUCAUUGAUCUACUUAAAGCAAUACGACUGGACAAUACACAUGAUGCUAAGGAUUCACAAUAUGUUGCAGGAAAACUUCUAGAAUCACUUUUUAAGCGUCUACCGACAUCUGAGCUAUUAGAAUGGUUACCGACUGAUAAAACCCUGCGUCUCAUUCCCGCAGAGAAGUUAAAUAAGGAAAGUGCUUGGUACUGGCGUCAUCUUGCAGAACAUUUACAGAAGAUCGAUGACGAUGAAACGUUAGAGACGGUGCUACCCGAUCUUGUCGUUUUAACUGGAUAUAUAAGAGCGAUCGUGGAAUCGCCAUGUCCAUCAGAAAAGGACGACCCGGUGGGCUUCAGCACUCGCCAGUACGUGCUACAGGAGCUGGGCUGUCUGCUGCGCGUGUACGACGCCGGAGACCCCGCCGGACGCUCUGCGCUGCAGACACUCGUCACCGACACUCUCACAGGCGACUACGGUCCACUGAACUCGGACGUCAUCCGCGCAUUCGUGUCGGCUCUGGAGCUGGUGGUGCCGGAGGUGGCGGCGCGCGUGGAGCUGGUGUGCGGCGUGGUGUCGGCGCUGCGCGAGGCGCGCGAGCCCGACGACGCGCCCGCGCCCGCGCCGCCGCUCGACUGCACCGAGGUCAAGCUGCAGAGAGCUAGACUCCGUGUCUCUUUAAACGUCGCAAUCGAAGCUCAAGAAGAGGCCGUAAGAGAUGAAAACUAUGCUCUCGCCGCGGAAUGUAAAGCUAAAGUUGCAGAUAUUCAAAAGAAAUUGGAAGAUUUGAAUAUUCAAACAAAGUCACCACCGCCUCAACCAUUGGCAACUAUAAAAGAAAAACAAUGCGACGCGGAGACUUUAAAUAAGUGUUUAACAAUAUUGAACUGUGCGCUGGACACGCCGCAGCUGACGACAAUCACGCCAAUUCUGAAGUUGAUGUUUAGUGAACUAGAGGCUGAAAUAUUUCAAAAUCCAGAAAUAUUGGAGAAUGCGCUCGAAACAGUUGCCUUAUUUGGAAUGCUCGAUAAGGAGUUUGCAAGAGACCACAAAGCAUUCUUCUUUGCGAAUCUAAUAGACACAACAAACGAGCCAACUGUAACGACAGUAUUGAAGUGCAUAGUGGACCUGCUGUGCGUGCACGGAGCGCGCGUGUUCGAGGACGACGUCACCCAAGACGAGGCGAAGGCGGACGUACCGAAAAAACGGAACACGCGAUACUCCUUGGACGCUGACGACGAAGAUGGUACAUUGUCCGAAUCUGCAUUAUCAAUAACACCAACACAUAGCACAGUCAUUGAACUUCUGUUGAAAAUAAUGGACAGCGCAUGUCCAGCAUAUAGGCUGAUAAUAGUGGAAGGUCUGUGUCGUCUCAUAUACCUCGGUCACCUCGAAUCGCCGACUAUACUCAGCAGACUAAUAUUGCUCUGGUUUAACCCCGCUACAGUCGAUGAAGAUAAUCUACGGCAGACUAUAGGAGUAUUUUUCCAAACUUUCCCUGUGUGUGUCGAUGGAUCGCAAGAACAGAUUCAAAAAGCUACAUUGCCAACUCUCCGAGCACUAGCCAAUGCACCAUCAAGCUCCCCUCUAGCAGAAAUAGACCAGGAGGCAGUCGUCAGGUUUAUCGUCUCUUUGACCAGAGUUAAUCAUGAGCUGUGCGACGCGCAGGGCGCGCUGGCGCUGGAGCUGUGCGGGCGGCUGGCGCGGCGGCCGGCGUGCGCGGAGGCGGCGCUGGCGUGCCGCGCGCUGGCGCUGCUGGCGCCGCCCGCCGCGCCCGCCGCGGCCGCCGACCUGGCGCGCGCGCUGCCGCCGCUCAUCGCGAAAUUACCAGAUAAGCAGUCGUGUCGGAACCUGACUCGCUAUCUCGGCUCCUUGGAGGCCCUGGAGCGAGCUAGUUUCACUAAAAUGUCUACCGGUACCGAAGGAAUUAUACAACCAGAUGAUACGACCAUGAAUACCUUUGGAAGAAUAACCACUUCUUUGCCGCAACCAUUAGCAAGAAGUACUCACGUGGUAGUCAAUGAAACUGUGGAAGAAGAGGUAGAGAUUGACGAGACCUCGCCCACUGAAGUCGUGUCGAGGAUAUCAGAAGAAAGUCAAGCACCGGACGAAAAGAAGCCUCUUUCAAAAAAUGAUCCAAAAACUAUAGCGAAUGUCGAGGCGUCGGAUACGGCUUCAGAGGAAAGUAGCGGCGUUUCACCCGUCAAAAAAGUUAAGGUUACUAAAAGCAAGAAAAAGAAAAUGUCCUUAACAAGAUCGAGUUCUGAGUCUACAGAUAGCAAAGAUCGUAAUAAAAAAGGUCCCAAACAAAUCAAAGAAAAGGAACAAAAUGAAAAGGGAGUGAAGCGGAGCCGAUCACAGCGGUCUCUUGUGGAUGUAGACAGAGCUAAAAAAAAUCUUAAAUCCAAGAAAGAAACAGCCGUACAACAGUCACCGCCAUCAGAUGACCUCGACGUAUCCAACAUUACCGUUCGCAGAUCCACUCGGAGCAUGCAGUCCUGUUCCAGUUCGGACUCCACCGGGUCGGGUAAAAAGAAGAAUGGCAAAAAACCUCAGAAAAUAGCGGAGGAAUCCCGCCGAGUGACGCGCUCGUCGGACCGCUGCAGUGUGAGCUUCACUAACAACUCUGCAGACGACACUGAACUCCAUACCAUCGUCUACGAUAACGAUACUGAACAAGAACUCCUAGACGAUUCUAGCGAACUGAUGAACAGCCGGCAAUCAUCAAAAGCUAACAUCACCAUUCCCGAAACUCCAGACGUUAGCGAGGAAUCCGAGCCUGAACCAGAACCUCCAACGAAAGGAAAAGGAAAACGCAAAGGAAAAAAGUAAAAACUAUAUAUUAAUUACCUUAUAAAUAUAAUAUUUUUUAAAUAAUAAAA